AUACAGAUCAAAUGUUUUAUUAUUAGACUCUUAUUCCUUCGUUUUAUCGUAUUGUAAAAGAAAGUUUGAUUCUUUUGCCGCGAAAAAGCACAUACGCCCGCCGAAGAAAGACGUUUUUUUUUGUAAAGUUUGAAGGAGAAUACACAGUAGCAAUAUGAUGGUUGCAGUUAGUGGCCAUCUUAUGGCAAAUUCAACAGGGUCUUCCCUAGUGAAAGCAACUUCCUCAUUGGAUUCACCUCCACCAAACAGCCCCGAGGCUCGUUUUUCACGUUCUGACCAGCAGGAAUACAACGGUGUGCCGCAGUUAACUGGAUCCCCAAACCCCCAGAGUAGCGAGAGUUCAUCCGAGAAAUCACCCAGUUUGGAUCAUCAACAUCAAGAAAAAAUUUCACAUCUGCAUGCCGGUGCAUUCUGCCCAGAAGAAUAUUUCAAAAAGAAACAACAAUUUGUUCGCCCAUUUUUAUCUGACAGCGAGGCCGACGAAUCUGAACAAAAAUGCGGAGGAGUGAACCCCAGAAAUUUCAUGUCGGAAAACCGUCAAUUUUGCGAUGGUUCUGAAAUAGUGGAUGGUAUGGAUUACGCCGGCUCUUCUGAAAAGAAAAGAAAAUUCUCGGACGGGAAAGAAUAUCUUGACAACGAAGAAGAAAAUUAUAGUUCAACGAAGCAUCGGAAUUUUAGACGGAGCGACCAGGAAGAAUGCUCUCCUGAAAAUAACGACCUAGGGAAGAAUGAGGCCAACAAUCAACUUCAGGACCUGAGGACAAAUGGCCAGGGCGAGAGAAGGUUGUCAUCGCCAACAAUGAAAGAAGUCACACAUCUCCAUUCUCCAAACAUCUAUACACGUCGGUCAAGUGAUGACAAGUCCGACGAAAUGGAUUCCACUAAUGCGAACCAAAAUUUAUCGAACGAUCAUCGACGACGUGACAACUUGGCGAACGUUGUGAAUAAUCUGAGGCAAAGAAAUGGCGCAACUGAAGAAAACCCGACAGAAAGACACUGCCCCCAACAUAUCGACAAGGCAAUGAUACACCAGGAUACUACCAACUGCGAAUAUUCUUCAAAAUCUAACGAUAUGAUAUUUCAGACACGACGGAUUUCAAGUGGAGAUGAAUCCAAUGAUUGGAUUUCAAAGAAAGAGCAAAAACUAACAGAAAUGAUAGACCAAUUGAAAGGACUCAGAGAAAAACUCAUGGUCUCAAAAGACGAACAGACCAAAGAGGCUGCAACCAAUGUACUAAAACAGCAAGAACAUCUGGAAUUAGCAAGACAACAGCAAGAACAAAUUGCUCGUCAACAACAACAACUACUUGAGCAACAGCACAGAAUAAACUUAUUACAACAGCAAAUUCAGAUGGUUAGUACCCAACAGCAAGAUCAACAUUUGACAAAUCCUCUUCUCAGAAUGAUGCCAUUUUGCCCAACACCAACUAACGACAACCUGCUUUCCGCAGCUCAAUCUGGAUUGCUGCCUUUGCCCUCAUUAGCAGCCUACAAAGGAAUUCUAGAUCCAUACGCUCAUAUGCUGGCGUCCGGCUUCGGGUUAAAUCCAAACCAGCACCCGCUUAUGCUUCCGCAGACUACAGCUUCCGGACUUUCUACAAUUAAUUUACAUUCUGGUUUGCAGACUCCACAAUUGGACAAAUCGAGAUUAGGAUUGACUGUUCCGACAACUUUAACAAAACCGACUUCCAUUGCAUCGUAUUCUGAUCUAAGCCGUGGAAAAACGUCAUCUUCAAUCAGACGAGAUGCUGGCUAUUCUGUUCCGCACGGCGUAAAACGCCGCUCAACAGAUUCAUCCGUUAACGAUGUUCGAGCUUGUAAAUUGCCUUCAACUCGUCACGAAAAUCUUAGCUCACUUCCAGUGACGAUGUCGCCAGCUCAUUCACGUUAUUCUCCUGUUCUGAGUUCCCAACACGAUGGAAGCCCAAAUCACCGCGCAGCAGUUUCCGACGACCACAUCAGGAAACGUGGCCUUCUUUUUGACCGACAUCAACGACGAGCGAGUCAAACAUCCCCCAACACUGACCGGUAUCUAUCAAGCCCAGAAGCACGAAGCGACGCUAACCUAUCUCCCAAAUUUCUGGCAAAAGGGGAGAAACCUCUUAACCUAUCACAAAGAAUAAAAGAAGAAAAGCAGAGAAAUUCAUCCCCACCACCUCUGAUACAACAAACAUCGAAUAACAGAUCUCCCGACCGAAAUUUUGGUGCUGAUGACAUGUCCCAAGCUUUACUUCGUGCUCACACUUUUAAGUCAACACUGGAAUCUGAACGAGCAUUCCAGAUGAUGCCGAGAGUUGACAGCGAAAAGGCUUCCAGUAUCUUACACAAGAUGUUCCAACCAAAUAAUCAUGGUGCAGAAAUUCACAACUAUCUUUUACAACAAUCAUCAAAACGUGAAAAAGCUAUGCCAGAAAUUCCCGCAAACGAAGCAAGAACAUAUCGCGAAAAAAGGGAUGUCCAACAUAUCAAACGACCGAUGAAUGCUUUCAUGGUUUGGGCAAAAGACGAAAGAAGGAAAAUUUUGCAAGCUUUUCCUGAUAUGCACAAUUCAAACAUCAGCAAAAUUUUAGGAGCAAAAUGGAAAGAAAUGUCGAAUCUAGAGAAGCAACCAUACUAUGAAGAGCAAGCUAGAUUAAGCAAACUUCAUCUUGAAAAGUAUCCUGAUUAUAAAUAUAAACCAAGACCAAAACGAACAUGCAUUGUUGAUGGCAAGAAACUUCGAAUUUCAGAGUAUAAGGCUCUCAUGAGAAUGCGAAGAACAGAUAUCAGAGGAAAUGUCUUCCCUGCUUCAUCUACGUCUCCAUCGUCAUCAAAUCCAUCUCCUACAUCUAAUAAUCCAUAUUCAUCACCCCCAACAAUGGUUUCAUCAGUUUACAAUUAUCCAACCAAUAAUGCUCAGUCUCACAAUUCCAUGCCAAUGGCGGAUUUGAGUCGUAUGACGUCAUCAGUUGGUUCCUUCAGAGACGAAUUAAAAGACCAAGACAAACACGAUCGUUGUAGCCCCGUCGAUCACCAAGCAGAAGUUUGAAAAACCACUGAAAACUUUCGUCGAAAUCGACAAAGAUGACGUCAGGACCAUUACGUGUAGAGAUGACGUCAUGCCGAAUCCUAUACACGAGAACAUAAACUCGACAUGCUAGGUGUAAGCCCUGCUAAGUUCCAAAAACCUAAUCAACAUUAUAAACAUCAAAACACAAAAACGAUAAAGCAAUUCACUGCCUUGGAUUCGCUUGCAAUGUAUGUUCUGCAAUCACAAAACGAACAAAUUUCAAACUUUUCUUUGAUCAUGUAAUAUGGAAGAAGCCAUAUGUUGUCUAAUAUUUUAUUUGGAAUUUUUUUUAUUUUUAUGAUAUUAUAUUUUCCACUUAUUUUAAACCAACGAUUAUUUUAAUUCAUAAUCGAAUGCACAGUGCGUUUAAAAACUUUAGUAAGCAAGUUAAUAGCAGUGAGAACAAAAUGUCAUUAUUGGACACAAAUUGGCGUCCUACUUUAGUUGGAUAGUCAAAUUUUCAAUCAAAUUAUAAUUCCAUUUAUGUAUUUUGUAUUCAUUUAUGACAGCCUGAACCUUUUUCGGGAAGCAACAACAUUUUAUUGAUAUUUUCUCUUGUAAUUGAAGUUCCGUGAAAAUGUUACCAUCAUAUUUGGGUGUAUUAGCUGUAUAUAUUUUUAAUUAUAAGACAGUCGUUUUUUUUAUUAAAAAUACGUAUGAAUUUCUCCUGUUUUCUAAAAAUUCUUGAGAAAUUUUUGUAUUUUUUCGACAGAUCUAAAAAAAAGACAACAUGGGUGUGAUAAUAACAUUAUUGAAAAUGAAAAAAAUUGAUGGCGCUUAACAAAAUCCCCCUCCUCCCUUUUCAAAUUUGCUGAAUGCAAGCAUCAUACGCUAUUUUGGCAUUUUCAUAACUUUCAAACAGUGAUUGUUUUCGAAACUAAUACUGCAAUGUGGGCAUUUCAAUUAUAUAUUUAUAUAUAUAUAUAAAUAUAUUCAAAUUGAAAUCUCCUUGAUAUCAUUUCAAACGUCAUGACAACCUUUUACAUGUUGAUGCCAUUGAUUUUUUUUAUUUUUGUUACAGUACUCAUAAUUGACUAUUUAAUUAAACUUGACCGUUUAUGUCAAUGAUAAAUAUAAAUGUACGGGUGUGCUAACUUACUUUUUAUUCAUCAAAUUCACAUUUUUAAAUUAUUUAAAAACACCAUAUUUUAUGGAGAUAUCAAUUUUCAUGAGUGUCAAUAAAAUUUUGCUUUUUAUUCGGUGAAUUCGAAGUACGUCGUUUCAGAAUGAGAAAAUUCUGCCGAGAAUUCUGAUAAAAUGAUUAUAAAAAAUAUUUUACACCUGUUCUGGCAUUUCACUGUACUCCAAAUUAUGAUGUUUUUGUGUUUUCCUGGGGUUAGGUAAGAAUUGAAAAACUUGGUUUCCAUCAGUUUUGAUUUAAUAUCAUUUUUAUAUAUUUUGAGUUGAAUUUGCCCUAUUUUUGGUCAAUAAUCCACCGGUUUAGAGAAUUAUGUUAUUUGCAAAAGAUAGUACAUUUAGUUAGACCCUAUAAGCUGCCGUUUUCUGAAAGUAUUUUCUUGCCGCGAAAAUAAAAUAAUGUCUUUGGAUAGCCAUAUGACUAUUUUUUAUAAUCCUGCUGCCUAUUUUUCAUAACAAUUCUGCUAAAAUAGCCAUAACAACAACAAUGUUGCAAUACUCAAUACAUUUAUUAUUGGAUCUUUCUAUAUAUACUACAUGGCUGCAUACUACAAUUCUAUCAUAAAAUGCUUCAUUUUUUAAUGCUGAACGUUUUGCUGCUUUUGGUCGCUGCUUUUUUUAACUUGUACUGUACAUGAAAUUCUUUUAUUAUUUGAAAAUUUGACGUCAAGGCUCAAAAAUGCUUUGCAAUGAAUGUAAAAUUGAUUCGUAUUUACAAUUUUGCUAGCAAUCAAGGCGUAUUCUUCUAUAUAAAACAGACAGAUUUGUUCGAUUUUUUGGUGCACCAAUAUAUUUAUAAACUAUAUUGGACAAGUACUGCUAGUUAUUUGCAUUAAAAUUGCCAAGAUUUCUAGGUAAUUUAUUUUGGCAUCAACGACUAUGUCCAGUUAUAACGUUCAAGGAAUUGUACUUUUCGUUGAAACCUUCAUUCAUUUAGGAAUUACUUGUAAUUUCAUAACAUUUUACUCAUUAUUUUAACAGUGCUUGCUCGAGAUGAAUAUAACAAUUUUGUUCCCUAACACAUUUACGUACUACGUUAUGGAUGUCUAAUUAUUCCUUGUUAUGUCAACUUUUAUUUUAAUUUUAACAAACCCACGAUUUUCAUUUCUUUAUUUGUUUAUUUUUCAUAUUCAUUGUGCUGCACGCUUUAUUUUUGUUUAUGUAUUGAAUCAAUCGUGCUUAUCGUUUUCCAAUUUGCUAUGAAAAAUAACGGAAAAUUACUAAUAUUCGUGCCUACUCGUGGAAUCUGUGGGUGCGGUCUUCUGCUGAAGUAAUUCUCAUGAAAAAUGUCUUUUUGAUUCUUAAAAUGGAAACUAAAUUUUUAAGAAUAUUUGUUUUCAGUACGGUCUUCCACGAUUUAUGAAUUUAAACGUCAUUUCCUUUUUUUAUUUCUCAAUUGAGCCACGAGAACAAAAUGCAAUAAAACAUCAACACG